CAGCGCACGAACUCCGUCCACGUUGUGUUUACCGGCAUCGGAACCUACACACGGUGAUACCACGGGGAAGAAGAUAGGCGAAAUGUUGAAAUUUGCUGGACUUUUGCUGUUGGCAUCACUUGCCUAUGCCAGCGAUGUGCUUGAAUUUGAUGACAGUAACUUUGCAAGCAAUAUUGUGAAACAUGAUAUAAUAUUAGUCGAGUUUUAUGCCCCAUGGUGUGGCCAUUGUAAAAAUCUGGCACCUCAUUAUGAGAAGGCUGCUACCACUUUGAAGAAUGAUGAUACACCAGUACCACUUGCCAAGGUAGACUGUACCACCAGUACUGAAACAUGUGGCAAGUAUGGAGUCAGUGGUUACCCUACCCUGAAAAUCUUCCGUGGAGGAGAGUUCUCCAAAGACUAUGAAGGAGGAAGAGAUGAAGCUGGCAUCCUCAAAACCUUGAGGAAGGAAGCAGGACCAUCAGCUAUGGAACUGACAGACAUUCAAGCAGCAGAAAAGUAUCUUGGGAAGCCAGAAUAUGCUUUAGUUGGUUUCUUCAAAGACACCUCAGACCUUAGUCUAUUCAAGAAAGCUGCAGAUGUAUUGAACAGCGAAGUUCGAUUUGGUUUCACCACUGAACAGGCUGUAAUGGAUAAAUAUGGAUACUCUGAUGAGAUUGUCCUUCUUCAGCCAAAACAUCUUAACAGCAAAUUUGAAGGUUCUGUUACCAAGUUUGAAAAGAAAGUAUCAACUGAAAACCUAAGGAACUUCUUGGGCAUCAAUUUACUUGGUCUUUGUGGUCAUCGUACCCAGGGCAAUGCUGCUUCUUUCUCAAGGAGGCCACUAAUCGUUGCUUACUACGAUGUUGACUAUGUGAAGAACAUCAAAGGAACAAACUACUGGAGAAACAGAGUGAUGAAGGUUGGAAAGAAGAUCCAAGAUUCUGGUAAAGAUGUUUACUUUGCUGUAAGCAAUGUUGAAGAAUUUGAUCAGGAAUUGCAAGAAUUUGGAAUGAAAGGGGAAGGAGUGCAAGUCAAUGCAAGAGAUACUCGUGACAAGAAAUUUGUCAUGACAGAAGAAUUCUCAAUGGAUACAUUUGAAAAAUUUGUCAACGAUUUCUUGGAAGAUAAACUUGAACCCUAUAUGAAAUCUGAAGCUGUCCCAGCCGACAACAGUGGCCCAGUAAAGGUUCUUGUUGCUAAAAAUUUUGAUGAGAUAGUAACUGAUGACAAAGAUGCGCUGUUAGAGUUUUAUGCACCUUGGUGUGGACAUUGUAAAUCAUUGGAGCCAAAAUACAAUGAAUUAGGAGAAAAGGUAAAAGAUAUUUCGGACAUUGUUAUUGCAAAAAUGGAUGCUACAGCAAAUGAUGUACCAAGUCAAUAUGAAGUUAGAGGUUUCCCUACCAUCUACUUUAAGCCAAAAGGAUCUGCACCAAGGAAGUAUGAGGGUGGCAGAGAGGUAAAUGAUUUCCUAAAAUAUUUGGAAAGCAAUGCUGAGAGCAAGGAUGAGGUUAAAGCAGCCAUGGGCGGAGAGAAGAAAAAGAAGAAGAAGAAGAUCGAGUUAUAAAUGAACACUUAAUGAGCAUGAAAGUAGAUAAAGAUGUGAAAAUGUGCAGAUGAAGAGAAAGAGGUACAUGAUUAUCGAAAAUAUUAUAUUCCCUUCCUGUUAUUUUUAAAUGUGUGAAUGGUUAAUAUCUACUUUCAUCACCAUUAAUUGUAUCACUUCUGGAAACAUACCAUCCAAGAACAUCAUUCAUUUUAGUGGGCCAUAUCAUAAGGACUUCAUUCCAUGCAGUUGAGGCACAUUUCGAAUUCCAGUUUUAAAAUGAUUAAGUUCUUACAAUGAUAAACUAAGGUAAAAAUUUACAAUUCAGACCUUCACUUUGUGCGACUUGAAGGAUAAUUAUACACUGUAUAUAAACUUUUAUAAAAUUCUGACAACAGUGUUCAUUUGGGUGCAGUUAUACAUACUUGUUGAUUUGUAGUUGGUGCAAAUGAAUGUCCCCUAACGGGAAUUUUUCGUAUGAAUGUGAAAAAUGAGGAUUCUUCAUGAAGUGUGAGAAUGAGUCUUUCGUUUAUGUCUGGGGUAGAGUAUUUAUAUUUUUAAUGGGAGAAUUCUAAGCUUUACUGAUAAUGAAGUUACCAAUUUCCUUAAAAGUUUCAAUGUUAUAUGCUUUACUGUUUAGUCAUGUUUUACAUGUACAUAUUAAAAACAUAUCUACAGUUUAGUAGUGCUACUGAAAUCAAAAGUCGUUUUCCUUUCCACUGGUUCUUCCUAUUCAACCAAUGACGAAACCUUUAAUUUGCUAAGUACCUUUAAAUGUUAUAUGUUGGGUUUAAUGUUGGUAUGUCUGUAUCCUGUCCCUACAAUAAUACAUACAGUGGAAGAAAGAAGCACAAGUUUUGAAUAAUAAAAACUACAUGUAUUCAAAAUGAGAGAGAAAGCCUUCAUUAACCGAUACAUUAAAUUAAUUUAAACUGA